AUGCACGCAUUCGCAAAGGUCUACCAUGACCACCCCAAGACGCUGCUCUUCUCCACCGCCGCCGUGCUCCGACUCCUGCUCGUUGCAACGUUCCCUGCACUGCCCGACCUGUUGACAGGCAGAGUCGAGAUCUCCAGCCCCGUCAACAGCUUCAAGAGACUACAAGAGGGAUUGUUUCUAUUCGAGCGAGGACUCGAUCCAUACGAUGGCGGCAUCUUCCACCAGGCGCCUCUCCUUCUGCCACUAUUCUCGCUCCUGCCAUCACCCUCGACAUCGAUUGGCCGGAUUGUGAGCGUACUCCUGUACACCGCCCUGGACGUCGUCUCCGCCGACUGCAUCUUCGAGAGUGCCAAGUCUGGCGCGAACGCAGUUUCCUCGUUGUAUCUCUCACCGCGGGCUGAUCGAUCAUGGAACCCCACGUCGGUGGUCGCUGUCUAUCUUCUCAACCCCUUCACACUGCUGGCGUGCCUGGGCCGGCCCACGACCACCUUCACGACCAUGUUCACGCUGCUUAGCUUGAAGCAUGCAUGCCGAGCGGAAGCUGUCACCAGCGCGUUUGCGCUGGCCAUUGCAAGCUACUUGAGUCUGCAUCCGGUGCUGCUACUUCCUCCGAUUGGUUUGCUGUGCUAUGACCGCAUAUGCUACAAGCAGAUUGGGCACAGUCUACACAAGACUGCAGCCUCAACGACAAAGUCCACCACCCAACGAUCUGGCGUUGCCUUGGACCAGCGAGCACUUCCAGCUGCGCUUCCGUUUGGAGUAUCGGUCAUGGCUAUCUAUCUCACCUCGCUGGCACUUCUACUAGGCCUAUCGAGGCUGCUGCUGCCUUCAUGGCAUUUUAUCGUGUCGGUCUACAUGACUCCACUCACUUUGCCGGACCUGACACCCAAUCCUGGGCUGUGGUGGUAUUUCUUCAUCGAAAUGUUCGAUGCAUUCCGCGAAUUCUUUCUUGGGGUGUUCUGGCUGCACAUGCUAUCCUACAGCGUGCCCCUGUGUCUGCGCUUUCGCAAACAGCCCUUGGCAGCCGUGGUGGUGAUGAUGGGCAUCAUAGCAGUCUUCCAACCUUAUGCGAACGUAGGAGACGUCGGAACUUGGCUUGGAUCAUUAUGCCUGUUGGGGCAUGUUUUCGAGCUCUGUUCCACACAUCGCUACACUUUCCCAGCCCUAGCUGCUUUGCUGUACGCCUCUUUACUUGGGCCAGCAUUCCAUCACCUAUGGAUCUAUGCAGGGUCUGGGAAUGCCAACUUCUUCUACGCCAUCACGUUGGUCUGGAGCCUAGCACUGUCAAUCCUACUGACAGAUACGAUAUACGCGGUCCUGAGAGAUGAAUGGGAGGCCGAGCGGCCAGAGACGAAGGGCAAGGAAGUCAGACAGAUAUAG